AUGUCAUACGGGGGUUCAUUUUUUGACGGCGAGUUUGACGCACUUGUCAAAGAGGAAUUGGAAAAAUGGAAGAUUCCGGGUUUGAGCAUCUCAAUCAUUCAAAGCUCACACAUUUACGCUAAGGCAUAUGGAAUGGCAGAAUUGCCGAACAACACCAGAGAUCACCCAGCACGAGAGAUGACAACCGACGCCUUGUUCGCAACAUGCAGCACAACCAAGGCGUUUACAAGUGCUGCAACCUCAAUAGCGAUUCAGGAUAGCCAAUCUACCGAGUCCCCCAUUCACUGGAGCACACCGUUGGCCUCACUGAUGCCAGAAGAUUUUGUUCUUGAUGACGGCUAUGCCACCAAGAAUAUAACUCUAGAAGAUGCUCUUUCGCAUCGCACCGGAAUGCCAGAACACAAUUGGACCUUGGCACUUUUCUCAAAGAAGGACCACACACCGGGCUCGAUGGUUCGCGCCAUGCGACAUAUGCCUCUGGCAACACCACUGCGCACCAAAUAUCAUUACAGCAAUCAUAUGUACAUUGCCGUUUCACACGCACUGGAGCAGCAUACUGGGGGCUCACUGGGAACCUUCAUGAAGAAGCGCAUCUGGGAGCCUCUCGAUAUGACUGAGACAUACUUCGGAAUAGCCGAGGCUAGGAAAGAUCCAUCAAGUAAGGCAAAACUUGUUCCGGGAUAUGACUGGUAUCCAGGAAAGGAGGGCGGAAGUUUCAUUCCAAGGCCAUAUCAGGACUGGCCAGCCAACAGCGGGGCCGGGACUAUAAUAAGUAACGUUCUCGAUUACGCUCGAUGGGUGAGGGAGCUCAUCGAGAGGGAAGGCCCUUUAAAAGGACACGAAACUGUGAUAGAUCCGCGAACAAUCUCCUUUGAAAAUGACGAUCUUAGCUUUCCUGCCCCGUUUCAUUUAUACGCGUUGGGGUGGAUGGUGGACAGCUACCGAGGCCAGUACCUUUAUAGCCACGGCGGUGGUUGGCCCGGGUACGCAUCCUGGGUGGCGUUUGUUCCUAGCAAAAGCUUUGGAUGUGUUGUCAUGGGAAAUUCUUCUUCGGCGCGAUAUGCUGCAUUCAAAUUGGUCACAUAUCUGCUUGAUAAACAUCUUGAUCUACCCGUUGAUCCCGCUUAUCAAGAGCAGAUUGCAGCUUGUUCGCCGAGGCACGCCAGGGAGUGGCAUGAACGGCUCGAAAAUGAAAACCCGAAUAUAUCAAAACAACGCUUGUUCCCUCAGUUGUCUGAUCCACCACUUCCGCACUCCCUACCCCUGUCGAAGUAUGCUGGAAUAUACAAACAUCCGACGCAAACGAAACUGACUCUCAUCAUUGACUCGGAGUCUUUGACUGCUGAUUUGCGCGAUCGAAUCAUUCCAUGUGAACUUUGUCUCGACCAUAUAAGUGGGGAAUACUUUGUUGGCAGAUUUCAUAGUGAAGGACACAACUUGACGCCACCUUUCCUGGUUGAAUUCCACUUGGACUGUGCGGGCGUGACAAAGAUUGGUCUCGAUUUGGAGCCUGAGAUGAAAGGGGAAAAGAUCUGGUUUGAGCGCUGCGAAUCCUAG